AUGGUGAAAAUCGCAGUGGCCGGCGGCUCCGGCUCGGUUGCCAGCGAGAUUAUCGACGCCCUAGUCGCUACCAAGAAGCAUGAGAUUCUGCUUCUCUCGAGAAAGGAUGCUCCUCCUCCGGAGAAGGCUGUGCCGGGGGUGACGUGGGUCAAGGCAAACUACGAGGACGUGGAGCAGCUGGCCCAGGUGCUGCAGGGAGUCGAUACGGUGCUCUCAGUGAUCGUCGUGCACAUGGACCCCGGCAACGUGGCACAGCGGAACCUGAUCGAUGCUGCUGUUCGAGCGGGCGUGAGGCGCUUUGCGCCGAGCGAAUGGGGCCUGCCGAGCAGCGAGUAUAUGCCCUGGUAUGCCGGAAAGGCCGAGAUCAGUCAGUAUCUCAAGGACCUGAACAAGAACAAGAAGGUCCUGGAGUACACGCUUUUCCAGUCCGGCCUCUUUAUCAACUACCUCACCUACCCUUACCAGUUAACCAAGCACCUUCCCAGGAUGCAUACCCCGAUCGACUUCAACGAGCGCCGAAUUCUGAUCGUGGAAGGGAGUGAGGAUGUCCGCAUCACCCUCACCAGAGUCGAGGAUCUCGCGGGCGUGGUGGCCAGGGCUGUCGAGUACGAGGGAGAAUGGCCGGUUGUCGGGGGAAUCAAGGGCACCGAGCUCUCUGUUCGGCAAUUGAUUGAGCUCGGCGAGAAGAUUCGCGGUGGACCAUUCGAUGCCGAGAAGCUCAAGGCCGAGGACCUCAAGGCUGGCGUGUACAAGGCGUCGUGGUGUCCCACGCUCGAGCACUCUUCUUUCUCGCCGGAACAGGCCAAAGCACUUGCGAAGACGUUCACGACAGGCCUCCUGCUAGCCAUGUCGGUUGGGGACUGGAAUGUCUCGGACGAGUGGAACCGUCUGUUGCCGGACUAUCAGUUCACUCAGGCCGAGGACUUUUUGAGUGGUGCUUGGAACGGCAAGCCGUGA